AUGGAGCCGUCUGGGUCCCAGCAGCAUGGGGCCGAGCCCAGCUGGUGGGGUAGCGCCCCCCAGUACCAGUACAUGCCCUUUGAACACUGCACCAGCUACGGACUGCCCUCCAAGAGUGGGGGCCUGCAGCACAGGCUCCGGAAGGAUGCAGGCCCCCGUCCCAACGCCCGCCCCACACAGAUCUAUGGCCAUCAGAAAGAGCAGUUCUCAGACAAGGAGCAGGACACGGGGAUGCCCAAGACGACGGACUCCAGUGCUUCCAUGGAUAACAAGGAUGAGAAUCACCAUUCUAAAUGCCAAGGUUGUAUCCACGGUCUGGGACUCGUGAUGAGAAGAAAAUUAGGGGAAGACUGGAUCUUUCUGGUGCUUCUGGGGCUGCUUAUGGCUCUGAUUAGCUGGUGCAUGGAUUAUGUCAGUGCCAAAACCCUUCAGGCCUACAAGUGGACCUACUACCAGAUGCAGCCCAACCUGCCUCUGCAGUUCCUGGUCUGGGUCACCUUCCCACUCAUCCUCAUCCUCUUCAGUGCCCUCUUCUGCCACCUCAUCUCUCCCCAGGCUGUCGGCUCUGGAAUCCCUGAAAUGAAGACAAUACUUCGCGGGGUUGUCCUGAAGGAAUAUCUCACCCUCAAGGCCUUCGUGGCCAAGGUUGUGGCCCUGACUGCGGGGCUGGGCAGUGGCAUCCCUGUGGGGAAAGAGGGCCCUUUUGUCCACAUUGCCAGCAUCUGCGCCGCUGUCCUCAGCAAGUUCAUGUCCGUACUCUGUGGGGUGUACGAGCAACCAUACUAUUACACUGACAUGCUGACCGUGGGCUGUGCAGUAGGAGUCGGCUGUUGCUUUGGGACACCACUUGGAGGAGUGCUGUUUAGCAUCGAGGUCACCUCUGCCUACUUUGCCGUGAGGAACUACUGGCGAGGAUUCUUUGCAGCCACGUUCAGCGCCUUUGUUUUCCGAGUGCUAGCCGUGUGGAACAAGGAUGCUGUCACCAUCACAGCUCUCUUCAGAACCAAUUUCCGAAUGGAUUUCCCCUUUGACCUGCAGGAACUCCCAGCCUUUGCAGCCAUCGGGAUUUGCUGUGGGUUCCUGGGAGCUGUAUUUGUGUACCUGCAUCGCCAAGUCAUGCUCGGUGUCCGAAAGCACAAGGCCCUCAGCCAGUUUCUGGCUAAGCACCGCCUGCUCUAUCCUGGAAUUGUUACCUUUGUCAUCGCCUCCUUCACCUUUCCACCAGGAAUGGGACAAUUCAUGGCUGGAGAGUUGAUGCCUCGUGAAGCCAUCAGUACCCUGUUUGACAACAACACAUGGGUAAAGCAUGUAGGGGACCCUGAAAGCCUGGGCCAGUCAGCUGUGUGGAUCCACCCAAAAGUCAAUGUUGUCAUCAUCAUCACCCUCUUCUUCAUCAUGAAGUUCUGGAUGUCCAUCGUGGCCACCACUAUGCCCAUACCCUGCGGAGGCUUCAUGCCUGUGUUUGUGCUCGGAGCUGCAUUUGGAAGGCUGGUAGGAGAGAUCAUGGCCAUGCUUUUCCCAGAUGGUAUCUUAUUUGAUGACAUCAUCUACAAGAUCCUACCUGGGGGCUACGCAGUAAUUGGAGCAGCAGCGCUGACUGGUGCGGUGUCCCACACGGUCUCCACAGCCGUGAUUUGCUUCGAACUAACGGGUCAGAUCGCUCACAUCCUACCCAUGAUGGUGGCUGUUAUCUUGGCCAACAUGGUGGCUCAGAGCCUGCAGCCCUCCCUUUAUGACAGCAUCAUCCAGGUCAAGAAGCUACCCUACUUGCCCGACCUUGGUUGGAACCAGCUCAGCAAAUUUACAGUCUUUGUUGAGGACAUCAUGGUACGGGACGUGAAGUUUGUUUCAGCUUCUUGCACUUAUGGGGAGUUGCAAAACUUGCUCCAGACCACCACAGUCAAGACUUUCCCACUGGUCGAUUCCAAAGAUUCGAUGAUCCUGCUGGGCUCCGUGGAGCGGUCAGAACUGCAGUCCCUUCUGCAGCAACACCUGUGUCCUGAGCGGAGGCUGCAGGUAGCCCAGGACACAGCAAGGAAGUUGUCAGAGCUGCCCUUCGACGGGAAGGUGCGGCAGGCUGGGGAGGGGCGCCGUGGUGUCUGGCCCCAGGGUCGACCUGAGUCUUUUGCCUUUGUGGAUGAGGAUGAAGAUGAGGACCUCUAUGGGAAGCCCGAGCUGCCUCCUCUUCCUCCUCCUCACCCCUUUCCUACUGCUUCACCGCCCCCCGAAGAGCCCAAUGGGCCCCUGCCCGGCCACAAACAGCAGUUGGAAGCACCGGAGCUUGAAGGUCAAAGACCCUCCAUCUUUCAGUCCCUGCUGCGCUGCUUGCUGGGCAGAGCUCGCCCCACAAAGAAGAAAAUGACCCAGGAUUCAGAGGAUUUAGUGGAUAACAUGUCACCUGAAGAGAUCGAGGCCUGGGAGCGAGAGCAGCUGAGCCGGCCUGUCUGUUUUGACUCUUGCUGUAUCGAUCAGUCCCCCUUCCAGCUGGUGGAACAGACGUCGCUGCACAAGACUCACACGCUGUUCUCCCUGCUGGGCCUCCACCUUGCGUACGUGACCAGCAUGGGGAAGCUCACGGGGGUGUUGGCCUUGGAGGAGCUGCAGAAGGCCAUUGAGGGGCACACCAAGUCUGGGGUGCAGCUCCGCCCUCCCCUUGCCAGCUUCCGGAGUACAACUUCGACUCGAAAGACUCCUGGGGGCCCACUCCCUCCUGCAGAGGCCUGGAGCCUGCCUCAGGGUGGAAGUGGGGCCACUGGGGAAGGGGAUGUGGCUCCUGCCUCCCCAGAGACCCCUGUGCCAUCCGCCUCCCCAGAGCCCCCUCUCUCCUGGGCUCCGGCCAAGGCAGAGAGUGAGCUGGAGGAGCUGGAGCUGGUGGAGGGUCCGGGGCCGGAGGAGGAGCUGGCCGACAUCUUGCAGGGCCCCAGUCUGCGAUCCACCGAUGACGAGGAUGAGGAUGAACUGGUCCUUUGA